AUGCAGGUUGCUGCCCAGACGACGGGCUCGCCGACUGGAGGAAGACAGACGCUCUUCCCCUCACCAACCUAUUCGGACUCGACGCUGUCGUCCAGCUCCAACCUCUGCACGCCCGACAACACCAUGAAGGCGUUGCCGCACGACGGCGCCAAACGCAAGGACGGCGCCUUCCCUUCGUCGAUCAGCGCGGCCAAUGCCGCCUUCUUUUCGGCCACGGAGCGCGACGAGUUCAACGCCGUCUUUGGCGGUCACCCGAACGACUCGUCGCAGGACUCGAGCGCCGGGGGCGAUGCGUCGCUGGCCGCCGCACUCGAGUUUGAGGCGGUCAACAACGCCGACAUGGGCGGCCUGAUGGCCAACCCUUCGUUCUCGUUCCUGGGCAAGCGGCAGGCGUCCAACAACGGCGCGCUGAUGCCCUCGCCGGCCGACGCUGCCGCGGCCGCCAACCGGCGGCACAGCAUCCAGCCGGUGCUGACGUCGUCCGGAUCCUCAUCGAGCCUGACGGCCGACGUGGCGGCGGGCCUGGGCGCGUCGCACAAUGUCACGGUCGGUGCGGCGCGGAGCAUGAGCCUUUCGGCUGAGUCGUCUGGCCCAUCUUCUGGGUACACCGGCUUCGGCAACCUGAGCAUGUCGCAGGGCAGCAACGAGUACCUGAUGUCGCCGCCGCGGCUGACGGUGAGCCUGUCGAUGCAGGGCACGCCUACGCCGACGCCGCUGGAGCCGCUGGACGGGUCGAGCGCUUCGGGCUCGUCCGGUGCGGCUGGACCCGGUGCGUCGAUGGACGACAACAAGCGCAGGAGGACGUCGGGGGUCGAGGCGACGCCGGACCGCAACGGAGCUGGGCACCAGCAGCAGAUGGCGCACGCCUUCUACCUGCACCAGCAGACGCCGCCCAACUUUGGGCAGUAUCAGCAGCAUGUGAUGCACUCUGCCGGGUCGAGCACGUUUUCCGUGGGCGGCCACCAGCAGCACCUGCAGCAGACGCCGUCGUCGACGACGGCGGGGACCAACUCGGUGCAGAGCAGCGUGUCCUCGAUCCGGGUGCGCAAGCUGUCGCUGGGCGGCGGUGGCGGUGGUGGCGAGUCGGGCUCGGAGAUUGCCAACUUGACGGCAGGCCUGUCGCUGCCAGCGUCGGCGGGGCGCUUUGACGAGCCUAAAAGCGCGCCUGCCCGAGCUGCAGCCGACGCCAUGCAGCGCGCCCAGUCGCACCAGUCGAGCUCAACCCCGAGCCGCCUCUCGCAAUCCAACUCCGCCACCCACCACCACCACCACCACCACAACCCUCCGCACCCCAACCACCAGAACCCCACCACCACCCCGAGCUCCGACAAGAACAAGAGCCAGGAUGUCUGGCCCGACGACGUCGAAGUCGCUUUCUGGGAAGCACUUCGCCUCAUCCCCAAGCUGGGCCGGCGCAAGGUCCUCGUCCACGGAAAGCCGUGCGGCCGCAACGAGCUCAUCGCAGACUACAUUGAGCGAAAGACGAACAAGACGCGCACCCGCAAGCAGGUAUCCAGCCACAUCCAGGUCCUCAAGAACAUCAAAAAGGGCGACCCCGAGUUCCAGCAGCUCAUCGCCGAACCCACGUCCGAGGAGGACUUCUACAUCCCCGCUGGCGGCAUGAUGUACGCCCAGACCCUCGCCGGCUACGGCUACGGCGGCCUCGGUGGGCCCUACCCGCUCCUCAGCAUGGAGAGCGCCGGACUCCUCUCGCCCUACACGCCCGGCCUGGGGCCCCACGCCCUCGCCAGCCCCACCACACCGGGAGCGCCCCCCAUGUCGGCCACGGGCUCCAUCACCUCGGCCCUCAACGACCUCCACCUGCCCCACCCCCCCAACGGCAAGGGCCAGAUGGCCAACACGCCCUGCCCCAUCCUCCCCGCCAGCUUCUCGAUGUGGGUCCACUGCUCCAACUCCGACGACAAGCACGUCUACACCAGCCUCGACCGCAGCGCCAUGACCACGUUCGCAAACGGACAUGCCUCGCUCCCGCGCCUGCCCCUCGACUCGGUCCGCGUCGGCCACUUCCGCUUCCCGCGCCUCGCCGAAAUGUACCACCACAUGCCCUGCCAGUUUCUCCACGUCCACGUCCCGCUCUCGAUCCCGCGCCACGACAUCAUGAUGCCGCGCUACGACCACUUUAGCACCCAGCUCUCGCUCACCAGCGCGCAAGACUCGCGCCUGACCUCGGUCACCUCGGUCUACUCGCACGGCAAGCGCGUCCUCUCGCUCGUCGAGCCGCUCGAUGCGCCGCGCCGCGUCUCGGGACGCGGAGGCGUCACCGACGGUGCCAGCAUCACCACCUCGGCCUCCAAGGGCGCCGACGAGGGAGCUGAUGGCACCAAUGCCGAGGCGACGACCACCGAUGGCAGCGCCGAGGCCUCGGCGUCCGGCCAGGACCAGUCCGACAAGAAGCAGACCUGCAUCAGCCCGGCCACCGCCUCGCCCAGCGAGCCGCCCUCGCCCGCCACGCCAAUGGAGCCGUCUGCGAGCCGCGACGGCUCGACGCGCCACCGGUGGUGCCACCAGGCGCCUUUCGCCACCGACUUCUGGGCAGACUUCCUCAGCCGCAACCACCCGGUCAACGUCUACAACGACCGCGACGGCAUCCAGUCGUUUGGCAAGGAGCCCAGCGAGCGGGCCGCGCUCGGCAUGGCCGUCUCGGGCGUCACCAUCAUCCAGGAGCUCGUCGUCGCCGCCGACGAGGGCGGCAACGGCCUGCCCAAGACCCAGGGCCAGGGAUCGCCCGGUCCUCGCGAAUCCAACCCGAGUGCUGGCCCCACCCUGCUGCCCGACUCUGGCUCGACGCUCAGCCCGGGCAGCAAGGUUGGCGACGUGGUCCUGGUCAUUGCUUGGGAUCUCGAGUGCGUCGAGGCCCUCGGCACCAACCCGGGUACUCCGACCGUCUCUGUGCUCACCGCCAGCACCGGCGCCAGCCCGUCGCCUAUGGGUCGUCAGGUGGGCCUGCCCUCACCGCUCCACGGGCAGCCCUUCUACGGCCUUCCGAACCACCAGCAGCAGCAGCAGCAGCCGGGCGCCAUGGGCAUGGCGCACCACCCGCAGCAGCCUCAGUCUUUCCAGAUGCAGCAGAGCCACUCGCAGGGCUACCGCGCCAUGACGCCGCCUGCGCCGCCGGCGCUGAUGCAGACACAGCCUUCGCCGCAGCCCCACUCCAACCAACGGGCGCAAGGCCCGCAGCCGCUCCACUUUGACGGGUCGAUGCCGUUUGGCGCCAACAACAACGGCCUGCAGCCGCCGACGCUGCUGCGCAAGCGCGGCCUCUCGGUCAACAAGCCGCUGAUGGUCUCUAUCCCGCCGGCGCCGACGUACCUCAACCCGAACAAGGUGCCCAACAGCGCCAUGCUCAGCCCGGCGGGUCAGCAGCACUCGCCGAUGCACAGCCCAUCGCCGGCGGCGUGGGGCCUGAUGCAGCAGCGGGCCAUGCUGACGCCCAUCACGCCGUACCCGCAGAUGUCGGGCGCGCCGCUCAACGAGCCGCCGCCGAUUAUCUCGGGCGACGAGGCGCGGCAGCAAAAGGAGCGACUGGCGCGGCACUGGGCCGCCGAGGCGGCCAACAACGGCGGCAUCGACUCGUCGCUCCACUCGCCGCUCGACAUGACGUUCGGGCCGGGCAUCCACUCUAGCGCGGCGGCCAUGGCGGCCUCGACGGCGGCGCUCGACAGCUCGACGACGUCGGCGCUCGGCGUGUCUGGGAUGCACCUCGCCGUGCACCCGCAGGAUGGGCACGGCGGCGGCCUCCUCUCUCCCGCCAGCUUCGAGUUUGGCGAGUCCAAGCUGCUCGGCGGCGGCCAGGCCGAUGCUGCGGAUGGCCAGCACCAGCAGCAGCAGCAGCACAUGCUCAUCAACGACCAGAGCACCCAGGAGUACAUUGACGGCCUGCUCGCUUCCAUCGGCGUCAACAACGGUGGCGGCGGUGGUGGUGGCGGCGCAUCCAUGCCCAUGCCCAGCGACUUUUCCAACCCCAACAACUUUUUCUCGUCGGCCUAG